UUCCCCACCGCAUAGAGAGAGAGAGAGAGAGAGAGAGAGAGAGAGAAAGGAACAACACAUGAUUGGCUAAUAUUAUCCAAGCAUGAGAGACACGCUUUUGUUGCAGGAUGUUGUUGGUUGAGGAGGUUGCUGUUAGAAGCCCCUCUCCCCAAUAAAACAUCGCCCAGACGCCCACACUACUGUUCUUAUUUCUUCAUCUUCAUCCUUUUUUCAUUUUAGGCACAUUUCAGCUAAGCAAUAUAUGUUAUGCAGUACAUAUUUUUUGGUCAAUUCUCUUGUAAAGUUUGAUUAAUCUCUCCAACAUAAGAGAUAUGCUAUAUUGGGAUUGCAGAUUUUGAUUCCUUGGAGGUAUAUCUGGAUAUGGGUAUUGGGAAUUCUUACUUUUUGAGCGAGAAUUUGGAAGUGGGUGUUGGAUAUUUUGAUUCCCCUGGGGUAUUUGAAAAAGGGUAUUGAGGAAUUUUUACUUUUGAGGGAAAAUUUGGAAGUGGGGAUAAUAAAUUGUGACUCUUUUGGUUUUGGGGUUAUGCAGAGGUGGAUAUCAGAGAUUAGGAUUCUUUGGGAGAUAUUAGCUAUUCUGCUAUUGGUUGUUGACAUAUAGGAUUUUGUUGAAAAGGAAUUUAAAGUUAUUUGUUGCAACAUGUAUGUUUGUUGGGUUUCUAGAAGUUAACGAGGACUUGUAAGUAAUCUAUAAACAAUCACAUCUUGGCCAUUUUUUUCUAAUGGGUAGUUUCAGAGUGGGUUGUUCUUCAUUUGUCCAAAAUAGAGUGCGUGUGUGCAUAACAAAAUAAGAACAGCAGCUCUCUCUCUCUCUCUCUCUCUCUCUCUCUCUCUCUCUCUCGCUAGGAACAAAGAUUUAGUGGGAUUCUGACCGUUACAACCAAUUCUUAUGUAUGUCUUUGAGAGGCUUUGUUUUGGGUUGUUAUUAGUUUGGUAGGUUUAAGUAAUUUUGCGAAGAGAUUUAAGGAUUGCUUUUUCACUUUUCCUUCAAAUUCUUUAUGUAAGCUCUCGGAUAGGUUAUGAUCAAUGUCAUUUGUAUAGUCCAUUUUUAAUGAUUGAGGACGGGAGCUAGGAAGAAAUCUCGCUUGUUUUAUUCCAUAAUUUUCGAGGGCCAUGAGGUUUCUUAGCAUUAUGGGGAAUUCAUUCGGAUGUUCGGCAUCCGGGGAGCGCUUAGUUUCGGCAGCAAGAGAUGGGGACCUUCAAGAAGCCAAGGAAUUAUUGGAAUAUAAUCCUCGUCUUGCAAGAUAUUCGACUUUUGGUGUUCGUAAUUCCCCUCUCCAUUACUCUGCAGCUCAGGGCCACCAUGAGAUAGUCUCUCUCUUGCUCGAGUCUGGAGUUGAUAUUAAUCUCAGGAACUAUCGUGGUCAGACUGCUUUGAUGCAAGCCUGUCAGCAUGGUCAUUGGGAAGUCGUUCAGAUUCUGGUUGUUUUUGGAGCCAAUAUUCACAAAGCGGAUUAUCUGAAUGGGGGUACUGCUCUCCACUUAGCUGCUUUGAAUGGUCAUUCUCGGUGCAUUCGUCUCCUCCUUGCAGAUUACAUACCUAGCAUCCCCAAUAUCUGGAAUAUAUUACAGAAAAGAUCAGGCGGUGAAGAAUCAACCUUAGAAUUUGAUGAGGGUGCUCUCUGUCAGGUAAUUAAUAAGCCUGCUGAUGGAGGCAUCACUGCUCUCCACAUGGCAGCUCUGAAUGGGCAUGUUGAGAGUGUGCAAUUGCUCUUGGACUUGGGGGCUUCUCUUUCUGAGAUCACUGAGGAGGAUGGAACCACUAUUGAUCUAAUAGGUGCUGGAAGCACAGCUCUUCAUUAUGCAGCAUGCGGUGGAAAUGCACAAUGUUGUCAAAUUUUAAUUACCAAGGGUGCCAGUUUGACUGCUGAAAAUGGAAAUGGAUGGACUCCCUUGAUGGUUGCACGUUCAUGGCAUAGAACUUGGCUUGAGGAAAUCCUUAGCGCAGAGCCAGAAUGCCUGGUCCAAGUUCUUCCUUCACCACAUCUAUCUCUUCCCCUUAUGAGCAUUUUCAGAAUUGCUAGAGAAUGUGGAUGGAGGACUAGUGAAUCUUUACCCACUUGUCAAGAUCCAUGUGUCGUCUGUUUGGAAAGAAAGUGCUCAGUAGCUGCAGAAGGUUGUGAUCAUGAGUUCUGCACCCGGUGUGCCUUGUACCUUUGUUCUACAAACUGCACCUCAACUGUUGCUAAUGGUCCCCCGGGCUCAAUAGCGUGUCCUCUCUGCCGGCAUGGCAUAGUUUCAUUUGUCAAGCUUCCUGCAACUAGACCAGUUGUCAAGGAGAUCGCCAGAACAAGUUUGUCUCUAUCAUUUUGCACGUGUACAGGGGAAGAACCAGAGCCCUCUUCACUAGAAACCCCAUUUUGCAAGCGCGAGCUUCGUUGCUCCCGAAUUUCCCCUCUAGGAUCUUCUUUACGCUCCCUGAGCUUCCGUAGAUUCCCAUCGAUGAAAAUCAACUAUAGUCUUUGCAAGGAAGUUCCUGACGUUUGUCGUUCUUUAGUUCCCUGUACUUUAAACCGAAACUUGCGGAGUCACUUGACUAAAUGCUCAAAAUCAGGCUUUCAGCGAUCAUCUUCUGCAGGCCGAAGGUCAUGGAUUUCUGCUCUAAAUCAAUAUGAGACUGCUGGUGGUGGAUGCUGAAAGUUUUCCCCCUUUCUGCUUGUCCAUACAUAAGAAUCAAGUUCCCUUUUUAUAAUGAUGAUUGGGUUUGUAAAUAUUAAUAAACGUCAUUUACCAGCCAUAGAAGGAAUGUUGAACUCUUUAUACAACGUUUCAUAAUGUGUCAAACUCAUGUACAUAUCCUCUCCCUGUCUUGUUGGCAGGGUGAUGGAAUACAAAAAUGAACUUGCGAAUCUCAGAAACUGUUUUGUGCA